AUUAGGAGAGAGAGUUACACUGUAAUGAACAUCCAUCACCACCGUGCACAGGAUCGCUCAACGUGUGCUCAGCACAGCUAUACAAAGGAGAAAGCUUUGCCCUUUUCUGUUGGGUUCUCUUCUCUCAGGAACUGAGAAGCGGAUUCUCUAACUCGCCCCGACUCACUGAGUGACCCCCCACCUGGAACGAUGAAAAAGAGGCCGAGAAACAACCUGGACAAGGCGGUGGUGAACCUUUGGCAACGGGAGGUCGGCCAUCUCUCCACCAGGAAUUUCGCUCUCCGCCUCGCCGCCUCCGAGGAUCUUCUUCUCCGACUUGACCUUUUCAGGAAACUGGACAAACACAGAGGUUGUGUGAAUACAGUAAGCUUCAAUGCUGAUGGUGAUAUUCUGGUGUCAGGCUCCGAUGAUAGGCGGGUUAUAUUAUGGGAUUGGGAAACUGGGAAAGUUAAGCUUUCAUUCCAUUCAGGUCAUAACAAUAAUGUUUUCCAAGCAAAAAUAAUGCCUUACUCGGAUGAUCGCAGCAUUGUUACUUGUGCUGCAGAUGGACAGGUUCGACAUGCACAAAUUUUGGAACGUGAUGUGAACACUAAAUUGCUAGCCAAACACCAUGGACGAGCUCAUAAGUUGGCUAUUGAACCAGGAAGCCCAUAUAUAUUUUAUACUUGUGGGGAAGAUGGAUUAGUGCAGCACAUUGAUCUCAGAACAGCAGCUGCUACAGAACUUUUCACUUGCCGACCACUUGAUGAUAGCAGGAGGGGUUACAUGCCAUUUAUUCAUCUAAAUGCUAUUGCAAUUGAUCCAAGGAACCCAAAUCUCUUUGCUGUUGCUGGGUCAGACGAGUACACUCGUCUUUAUGAUAUUCGUAAAUACAAGUGGAAUGGUUCAACUGAUUUUGGUCAACCUACAGAUUGCUUUUGCCCUGUACAUUUGAUUGGUGAUGAACAAGUUGGAAUAACAGGUUUGGCUUUCUCAGAUCAAAGUGAGCUUCUUGUGUCAUACAAUGAUGAGUGCAUCUAUCUGUUUACAAAAGACAUGGGACUGGGGCCUAAUCCAGUUCCAUCAUCUCCAUUGUCCCCACAUAGUGAAGCAAGUGAAAAGGGACACAGUGAAUCAUCUGCAUCCUCAUCAGCCAUGGAAGCAGAUGAAAAAUCUAUCCCCCAAGUCUAUAAGGGGCACAGAAAUUUUGAGACAGUGAAAGGUGUGAGCUUCUUUGGGCCUAGGUGUGAGUAUGUGGUUAGUGGGUCCGACUGUGGCAGGAUAUUCAUAUGGAGGAAGAAAGGUGGAGAGCUCAUUCGUGUUAUAGAAGCAGAUAAGCAUGUUGUGAACUGCAUUGAGUCUCAUCCUCACACCACAGUGCUUGCAAGCAGCGGCAUUGAGACUGACAUCAAGAUAUGGACUCCAAAGGCUGAAGAGAGAGCCCCUCUUCCUGAAAACAUUGAACAGUUGAGUUCUGAAGGUGAUUUAAAAUAUCAAAUAAGUAUUUCUUCAUGGAAGUACAUUUUUGAAACUGAGCUGGAAAUUAUCCACACUCUUUAUACCUCCCCCUUCUAUCCCUUCAAUGACGAAGAUAAUGAUGAUGUGUAUUUUUAUAAUGAGGAUGAGGAUGAAAAUUUUGAUAACAAAGAUGAUGAUGACGACGACAAUGUGUAUCAUGAUGACUAUGAUGAUGGUUACAUGGAUGAUUAUGAUGAUGAAUGGAGGAUGUUAGAGGUGGUAGCAGCAGCGAUGACACCAUUCAUGCUAGUGAUGAUGAAGAUUGAGAUGAGGAUGAUUGUGAUAUGGAUGAUGAUGUUAAUAAUGUCAAUGAAGCCAUGUGUCCAGUUCAAACCAAAGGCUAGGCCCAGGGGCUGGAUGUUCCGAGUGGCUUCACCGGAGGACCUGAUGUUGCAGUUAGUUUCACUGCAAAGGCGGAGAAGUAACCUAGAAGAAAAUGGAGAGAACUCAUCUGCAGGUCGAGAACUUCUAGAGCUUAUACUGUCGUCGUUCAAUGCUGACAGUGAUGCUUCUUCAGAUGAUGGAGAAGUUGCAUCUGCACCUGAGGAUUCCUGUAGUUGAUUGAUUUUGUGGCAACGCUUUGGCCAAUAAGCAACUUUAGGAAUUGUUUGUGCAUAAAUAUAAGGCUUAAGUUACAUAUUACAAAUGGACUGGUUUUUUUUGAAGAUUUUGCUGUCUGACUGCGUAUUUUAUUACAUAUCUUAAAUUUCUCUCUCCUUUCUUUUUUUGGGAAAUAAAUUUCUCUCUCCAUU